UCUCUCUAUAUAUAUACACCCCUAAUCACCAUCGCAAACACUGGAGUACUAAGCCUUCCAAAUUUUUUCCGCUCUCUGCAAAUACACUCGCCAAAAAUGCACCGAGUUCCGGUGCUUCUCAGCCUCAUUGCAGCUGCUACACUGCUGAUAGUAACUCCGGUCAUCGGAUAUCGUCCAUGGCCCCACCUAAAACCCAACAGCUCUGAUUUAAUGUUCGGAGGUUCCAAGAAAUUUGAGGGCUCAUCAGAGUUCGUCCACAUGAGAUACCACAUGGGCCCAGUCCUCACCGCCAACAUCACCAUCCACACAAUCUGGUACGGCCGGUGGCAAAAAUCUCAAAAGAAAAUCAUCCGCGAGUUCAUCAACUCUAUCUCGGCGGUUAAUGCCAAGCACCCUUCGGUUACCGGGUGGUGGAAGACCGUACAGCUUUACACGGACCAAACGGGAGCCAACAUCUCCCGUACGGUGCAUUUAGGGAAAGAGAAAAACGAUCGGUUUUACUCGCACGGCAAGUCGCUCACGCGCUUAUCGAUACAGUCCGUGAUAAAAAGCGCGGUAACAGCGAGGACGAAGCCAUUGCCGAUAAAUCCCAAGAGUGGGCUCUACCUCUUGCUCACAUCCGAUGACGUGUACGUCCAGGAUUUUUGCGGCCAAGUUUGUGGGUUCCACUAUUUCACUUUCCCAUCCAUCGUGGGGUACACGCUCCCAUACGCAUGGGUGGGGAACUCCGCGAAGCUUUGCCCGGGAAUAUGCGCGUACCCCUUCGCCGUUCCGGAGUACAUGCCCGGGUUGAAGCCGUUAAAGUCACCGAACAAUGACGUGGGAGUAGACGGGAUGAUAAGCGUGAUCGGGCACGAGGUUGCCGAGCUGGCAACCAACCCGUUGGUAAACGCAUGGUACGCCGGACAAGACCCCGUGGCUCCCGUGGAAAUAGCGGAUUUAUGCGAGGGUAUUUACGGAACUGGAGGUGGAGGGUCCUACACAGGGCAGCUAUUAAACGAUAAAGACGGUGCCACGUAUAACAUGAAUGGGAUCAGACGGAGGUACUUGGUUCAGUGGGUUUGGAACCACAUUGUGAGUUACUGUACUGGGCCUAAUGCGCUUGAUCAGUGAUUUUUAUUUUUAUAUUUUUUGUCAAAAAAAAUUUUGGGUUUCUGUUUUUGGUUUUUGGCACUUUGUUUUGUCUUUGUUCAUCUUUUUUAUGUUCUUUGGGGCUCUGGGUGUUGUGGUGGCUGUUGAUGCGUAAUUAGUUAAGGUAGUUAAGUUUGUUAAAUAUGUACUUUUUUUGUAAUAAUUAUUCCUAAUACUGUUUUUGUAUACCACUUCAAUUCCCGUCUUCUUU